AGUCCGCGCUGCCAGCUCAGCUGACCUGACAGCUGCAGAUCACAGAUCAGACCCAAGACCAGAGCCAGUACUAGACCCGGGACCAGCACCAGAGCCAGACCCGGAGCCGCAGACCCGGAGAGCGGCAGGAUGAUGGCAGACUCCGGCAGUGAGGACGCGGCGGUCAUCGGAAACACGGACAUCUCCUCCGCCGAGGCCGAGAACAACCUCCGAAACACGAUGGUGGAAAAAGGCACGUCCCUGUUGAAGAAGCUGGAGAUCACAGUGUCAGAGGCGGAGAAGAGAACAGGGAAGAACAGUGUAAACAUGCAGGAAACCUACACCGUAUAUCUCAUUGAGACACGUCCGGCAGACUCGGGCUCAGAGGCAGGCACUCCGGUCCCUGACAUGCUCUGGAGACGCUACAGUGACUUUGAGCUGCUGCGCACCUACCUGCUGGUUACCUAUCCUUAUGUCAUCAUCCCUCCUCUGCCAGAGAAAAGGGCAAAGUUUGUGUGGCACAAGCUAUCUGCAGAUAACCUGGACCCAGACUUCGUGGAACGACGCAGAGUGGGGCUGGAGAACUUCCUGUUACGAGUAGCAUCACAUCCUCUUCUGUCCAACGACAAGAUCUUCUUCCUCUUCCUGACUGAUGAGAAAGGGUGGAGAGAUGCUGUUCUGGAGACUGGGUUUCAGGACAAGGUGGACUCCAGGCUGAAGUCUCUGAGUGCUUCUUUCAGAGUGAAGAACCCAGAUAAGCGAUUCACAGCACUCAAACAGUACAGCGACGAGCUCAACGCGGUCAUCUCACAACUGCUGCGAGUGCGAGCCAGAGUAGCAGACCGGCUGUAUGGAGUCUACAAGGUCCAUGGAAAUUAUGGACGGGUUUUCAGUGAGUGGAGCGCUAUAGAGAAGGAGAUGGGAGAUGGUCUACAGAGUGCAGGACACCACAUGGACACAUAUGCAGCCUCCAUAGAUGAUAUUUUAGAGGAGGAGGAGCACUACGCGGACCAGCUCAAAGAGUAUUUAUACUACACUGAGGCUGUGAGGUCGGUGUGUCGUAAACAUGAGCUGCUGCAGUAUGAGGUGGAGAUGGCAGCUCAGGACCUGGCCUAUAAGAAGCAACAGAGAGAGGAGCUGGUCACUGGGACAGUGCGGGUGUUCUCUCUCAAAGGCAUGACCUCUAAGCUGUUUGGGCAGGAGAGUCAGGAGCAGAGGGAGCAGAGACUGGCCGCUUUGGAACAGGGCAUCCAGGAGGGAGAGGAGCUGCUCAAGGACAAGAACCACGAGUGCCAGGAGUUUGUGCAGUCUGCGUGGAAAGACAUUGAGCGCUUUAAGGAGCAGAAAGAUCGCGAUUUACGAGAAGCUCUUAUCAGCUACGCCAUCAUGCAAAUCAGCAUGUGCAAAAAGGGAGUCCAGGUGUGGUCCAAUGCCAAGGAGUGCUUCAACAAAAUGUGAGCCACUUUUCAACCAAACUGUAGCCCCUCAGAUGCAGCCACGGUGGGGGAACUUUUUAGCCCUGCCCUCUCUCCUCUGGUUCUGGAAAUCAAAUCCUCAUAAAUUUUCCCCAUAUCCUGCAAGGAAAGAGUAAAUACGUAAUCCUAUGAGGUAACUUUUCACAGCACAGUUAUAUUAAAACAAAAAUAUUAGAAAAUAUUUUGGUAACACUUUAUAAUAAUAACUACACUUAAUUCAUAAUGAACAAAUAUUUUAUUAAGAAUGAUUCAGACUUGGUAACUACUUAAGGGAGCACUAGCCAAGUUAUAUGUCAGAUCUGUGGAGAGGCUUGGUAGUUGCUAAGCCUGAAUCAUUUUUUAUAAACUAUAUGUUCAUUAUGAAGUCUCUGUUCAUGCUUUGUAAAUGGUCUUAUUAUAAAGUUGUUGUUUUUUUAAAUAAAUUUGAAAAUAUGGCACAGUACAUUUCAUAACUUAAACAAAAUCACAUGUGUGUUCUUAUUAGAAAUGUUAUGCUUUAUGGGCGUUACUUGGGUAAUUUAUCUAAAAGGAGUCACGUAAAGACCGAACCAAUUUCUCUCACAGCUGCUGAUUAUAAAGUAAUCUGCCAAAACAAAAAAAAACUAACCAGGAUAUUCACUAGUCAUAUAAAACUGAACAUUUUGGAAGCAAAGAUCAUAAAUGAUUUUCUUCAAUUUAAUAUUAUUCUAUAUACAAAUAUUACAAGGUCACAGGGGAUCAUAAAAUGGUUGUUAAUUUAAUUUAUUUUUUUUUAUUUUAUUUUUUUUUCAAAUUUCGCAAUUGUCUGUAAAAUUUUUAAAGUGCAUAUGACAGGUUUUUCACUGAAACACAGUUGACAUUUAGGAUUCUAUUUCCUGAUUAGACUGAUAGACUUAGAACACACUUAAUCCCAUGACUGUUACCUAGCAACCAUAAUGUUAACAAGAGCCAAAGCUGAUCUAAUAUUCACAAUAGUUAUACAAAUAAAUAUAUACAAUAACAUUUUUAUUUUGUUGAAAAAUGUAUUCCAAAAAUUGUCUCUGCAUUUUGUAUUAAACUUUUUUUUUUCCACAAACUGCCACUGAUGUAAAACUAUGAUAAAUAUUGACGACAGGUACUAUUUCCCCAAACCAAGUCAUACGAUAACAUGAAAACCUGUUAUAUGUACUUUAACUUCUGUAGAUACAUACAAUUGUCAGUUUUGUAAAGCACAAAUGCUGAAAUCCCUUAUUUGAACUGCUUUUGGUGGUUUGUGUUAAAGUGGAGCCCGGAUCUCCUGUCUGCCCCUCUUCUCUGUCACGUUUUAAUAAGCUCUCUCAUACCAGAGGCCUGUGCACCCAAGGUCACCUACAACUUACAGUUUCAGUGCACAUGGAGCGACUUUGCAGAGCUAUUUUAUGCGGUGCAGCUAAGACAAUUUGCGAGUAAAUUUUCCUCAAGGUAAAAGUAAUGAGAUUUAAGGUGUUAAACGUAUGAAUCACAAUGUUUUUUAGAUACACUAGAUGGUGCUGUCAACUACCAAAAGUAGAUUUGUACAGGCAGCCUUAACAAAUGUUAGAGCUAAAAUGUAGAAACAAAAUAAAACAUAUCCAUAUCGAAAUGUCUAAAAUUAAAUAUCUAAUUUUAAUGGACGAAAAGGUUUGUGGAUGGCUAAAAGUACACAAACACUACCAGUCAAGAGUUUGGAUAAAUUUUUUCUUUUUUUUUUUGUUGUUUGUUCUUUAUGUAGUAAACAAAAAUUAAACUCAAAAUAAUUCCAAACUUGUUUUAGAUUUUCAAAUAUAGCUUUGCGCUCUUGGCAUUUCUUGACCCUAACAAGUGGAAACCAUUUCAGGAGAUGGUUUGAAGCACUGACAAAGCAAAGGGUGUCUACUUAGAGGAUUUGAAUUUGAGAUUUUUUUUGUUGAACUUUUUUUUCCAUUGCUACGUAAGUCCAUACUCUGUCAUCUGUAUAUAUCUGAAAUGUAGAAAGUAGUAAACACAGUAGUAACACUGAAAGAAUGGGUGUGUCCAAACUUUUGACUGGUUGUGUUUGUAGAAUAAACACAAAUGAAUGGGCGACAGUAGGGUAGAUCCAAGUCCCACUUUAAGAAUCAGACCAGAGUUAAAAUAAAAUUUUCUAAAGCUAUGGAUUUAGUCCAUUAAACAUGACAUUUUCUUUGACUAAAACAAAACAAAAAAUCAGAGUUAUCAAAGACGUACGUGUGUAUUUUCAUAUUAACUGAAUUCAAGGGCUAACUAAUGACAAGAGGUCUUUACUUGAUUAAUAUAAAUGGAUUUGAACUUAAAGCUGCACUAUGUAACUUUUCUGGUGGUUGGUCUAUCGCCUGCUUGUUUCCAUGGAGAUGUCAUUGCUUUACCUAGAAUGUUCCCCAGUACGGCAUUAAACGUAUCUGUCUCACGUUUAUUGCUGCAGGUGCAUAUACCAUUCAAUAUUCUUAUUGCGUACGGAAUCAUCUCUCCACAGAUCUGACCUUUAACUUGACUGGGAUACAUCAGAUUCAUGAGAUAUUUAAUGCUGUGGAAUUUUGGAAGGAAGUACGUGGUGGACCCUUAACUGGUAAAGUUACAUGGUGCAGCUUUAAAGUGAAAAUUUACAUUGUAGAUUUAUUUGUGUUGCCCUCUUUUGGCAGAUAUACUGUGUACGUUAUCUUUGAAGCCAACUUUAAAUGUGCCAUUAAAGGUGCACUAUGCAGCUUUUGUGCGUUCACCCACCUCUCUGUCUCCAUGGAGAUGUUAUUGCUUUGCCUGGAAUGCUUUUUUAUUCCUUUAGUCGUAUUUUUAUUACUUCUUUAAAACCAUUCAAACUUACUAUGAUUGGGAUUGCCUGUCCACAAAUUUACAGAUAAUUGUAAUGCCAUGCUGUGGAACUUUUUUUUGGCAAAGUGGUAACAUAUCCAUGGAGACCAUAGACUGUAUAAAGGAAUGGACUAAGGCAGUGUGACGUCACCCUUAACGUUCAGCUCCAGUCAAAUGAAGCACAUCGAGGCUAGCAGUUAUAACGGCAGAUUUGGAAUAAAAUUGCAUAUUGGGAAUUCCAACCGCGAGUAUCAUAGCAACCAGAGAGCCAAUCCGAAUCGACGCUGUUGUAGGUAACCCUUCCCACCUGCACCACUGGUUUAGCAAUCAAACCUGUUGCUAACACUGGCAGGAGCGACCUCGGGGGGAAAAAGGCACCUGAUUUGCCUGUUAUUAAUGUUCAUAUAUUGAUUUACAGACACAAUAGUGAACUAAAAGGAUCAUACAGAGCGGGUUAAUGUGAAUAUUUUAAGACCGAAAUGACGAGCCUGACAGCAGCAGUUACAGAGAGAGGGACGACAGUUUUUUAAUAUAAAGUGAAUUGUGGCCAGAGUCAAUGGAGCCGGAAGCGCGUCCAUGAACACUUCCUGUUUGGGACGCAGGGGCUAGCGGGUUAGCUAUGCCCAUUUAUAUAUACAGUCUAUGGUGGAGAGGAGCAGUUGACCGGCCGGAAAAGUGAACUCAAAAUGUUGUAUUUGUAAAUGUUAUUGUUUUACGUUAAGCUUGUAAGAUGCUUGCCUAAGGUGUCCUAACCCAACAACACACCUCUAUUGUGCCUUAAAACCAUUCACCAGUCACUUAAGAGACGUUCAUUGGGUCUGUAAUCACUCACUGCAGUUUCUACUUGAAUUUGUGCCUAUAUAAAGUUUGUGUAUUAAGUUUGCCAAUUAUAAUAGUGCAGAUGCAAUGUGUGUAUGCUAUUGGCUGUUGGCUUACAUAUUUUCUUUGCUGUUUGACCAAAAAUGCACUAAAACAUUACCAGACAUCAUUCAUUAAUCAAAUAAUUUUCACCAAAUGAGAAAAACUUAAAAAAUGUUUACUAUAUUUGCUUAUUUUAAAGGUGCUGUACCUGAUUUUUACAGUCUUAUAAACGUGAAAAACAGAACUAAUUAAUUUGCAGUGGUCCAAAGUUAUUCCUUACUUACCUUGUGUAUUCUGAUUAUCCUAAUUAUUCACCGUGAUGAGUUUAUAAGCGCUUUUCACAACUCGCAGAGACCAGUGCAGCGCUAACGACAGCUAGCAUGCUAACACGGUAAUCAAAAACACUUCUUAAUUAGAUGCAGAGAGUUCGCAACAGAUAUUUUGACCUCAAGAGCUGUUUAUACAAUACAUCUGUUCUGGGGCAAGAGCCUUUUAGUACAAUGUUAAUUUUGCUUUGUUUUACACUGUUGCACAAUGACAUUUGAUUUCACACAAUGCCUUAUAUUUGGAAAAAUGUUUUAACUUUUGCCCGAACCAAGAUUCCGUCUGAAUGGGUCUCUUUGCUGUAUGUUUUCUAUGUUAAAUGUUUAAUACAAAUUGUUGCUUUCAUAAUCAUUUUUGCCAAAACACUAAUAAAAGUCUUUACAAUGAC